GGAAGUUCCGCCUUCGGACUCCAUGUGAGCUUGUUUUCAUUUUAUCACUUCAAAUUAAUGUAGGUAUCCCGGGAUAAAUAACCUGGAUUAUACUUAACCAUUUUUUAAUAAGCUUGCAAUGCGAAUGUUGGAAGGGCUGCGUCAGUUCGGGUUGGAGCGGCAUGACUUCCCGACGCUUCUGGGGAAUGUAGCCACGCUGCUGCGUAUGAUGACGCUGAACAUAGACAGCCGGAAUACCAAACGGAUACCAUUUAUCUUCUACGUGUGGAUGCUGGUGUCUCUAUUCUGCUACGUCUACGGUUUCCCAAUAUCUGUCUUCUGGUUCAUCUUCCUUCGGGACGAAGAAGAAGAACUGUUGAAGAAAAUCAUAGCAUUCUCUCAACUGACUGUCUGUACGGGCUCCGUCGGCAUGUAUUUGCAUAUGUAUUGGAAUAAAAAUAAACUGAACAGAAUUAUAGACGCCUAUAUUCUCUGUGACUCUCAAGUGGUACCCUACAGCAGGAUGUCUAGAAACAUACAAGUGGCCUUGAAGUCAGUUAAAAAACGGGCAUUCAUUUUUUGGAUCUUCGCUAUGAGCCAAGUUGUAAUUUACUUUAUGAUUCGACCCCUGGUUCUUGACAGAAAUUCUAUGAAAGAUUAUCAACUUCUGUGGGGUCUUGAUCCAAUAGUCGAAACACCUAACUUCGAAAUUUCACUUUUCGUCAUAAUGAUGAUCUCGACGGUAUCUGUAUUUGCGCCCCUCAACAUCCUUGUUCUUCUCAUGGUCAUCGUCGGGUACUCCGAAGCACACUUGUUAGCCCUCAGCGAGGAGCUGCUGUAUCUAUGGGAAGACGCAGAAAUAGACUACCAGAUGCAAUCACCAAAAAACCUCCAAAUCGACGAGUUUGUUAAACGCCGUUUGGAAAACAUAAUUAAAUCCCACGCCCAAAGUAUCGAAAUGUUCCAACAGGUUGAAGAUCUGUUUAGAAAUGGAUUUGCUAUUCAAUUCAUGUUGAAUUCAGUAUCUCUCGUUGCUUGUCUCAUGGGCGGAUUACAGAACACAUAUGUGCAAACACCUUUUACUUUAAUGUUAAUAGGCAUGGACUGUUUCACGGGUCAGAAUCUCAUGGACGCAAGCUUAACGUUCGAAGCCGCUGUUUACAGUUGCAAAUGGGAAAGAUUUGAAAAGAAUAACAUGAAAUCAGUGCUGUUGAUGUUGCGUAACGCGCAGAAAACUAUGCAGUUGUCAGCGGGGGGAGUGGCUUUCCUCAACUACGCGUGCUUCACCACCAUUGUCAAGACUAUCUACUCUACGUAUACUGCGUUCCAGUCAAGUCAUGUAGAUACAGGGGAGACAAAAGAAUUGACAACGUUUUAAUCAUUUGUUAUGUUUACCACAUUAUAGAUUAGUAUUACCAAAUAAUGUAGGAAAUAUUCUUGAAAAAGAAAUGCUUAAACAAUUAAAUUAUUAUAACUAAAAUGCAUAAUUAUGUUAUAUUUCAUUUAGCAUAAUACCUGAUUGUGUGAUUAUGUGAUAUAUAGCAGAUGCGCUCAGUUUGUAAUUUUUUGCAAUCAUUAUGCUGUUUACGAAUUAGAUGUGUUUUAAGUGCCUAUUGUAUAUCUAAUUAUUGAAGUACUGCGGAAUGGAGUAUCGAGACAAACCAUUCGGGUUUAACGAAUUAACGAUGCGUUUGGAUCAAAAUAUUAUGUAAAAUAUUGUGAUUUAUCCCGUAAUAAAAAAAAGUAUAAUAAAGAAGUCAACGCAGCUCUGGAUUUACUACCUGGGCCCAGUUUUAUAAAGUUACAAGUUACAGGUUACAAGAGUACAGGCUACAGGCACCUGUAAUGCACUGUGAACGGCUACAGGUGUUUUAUAAAUACACAUAAAUAAUUACAGUUGUAAAGAACCACGGUCAAUCUCGAUUACAUGUGAAAUCUACAGGUGUGAAGGACAUCACUAUUUAAAAAAAAACGUGUGUCAUAGAUACUCGGUUCUCUACUAAAUUAUGUGUUUUUGUUUGCUGUAAAAUAUUAAUUACUGGAAAAAUGGCCAGAAAUGAAGGAAAAAUCGAGUGGUUGAGAGCGGCGUUCCAUGCCAAGGAUAUACUUUUUGGGCCGUUUUCAGAUUCAGAUUAAGUUAGAUUUAAUGAAAUAUUUACGUAAUAAGUAAAUAACAUGUAAAUAAGUACUCUUUCACAUUCUUACAUUAAAAUGUAUCGUUUCGGUAGCGGCUGUAUCGAAAAUUAUGAAUAGUACACUUUACCAUAAUGUGAAUGCACUAUACUUAAAUAAAGAGACGAAUGCUAAUAAAUCAACGACAAAUAUCGGCAAUAAUCCCUUUCCAUUUCCUAGUAGAUAAAAUAAAACAAAUCGUCAAUAAAAUCAAUAUCAAACAUAUUGUCACUUUAUUUCCUAUUUACUAUAUAUUUCAGAUACAUUAACAAAAACUGAUAAGGUCAGUGCAUGGAAAAGUAUGCACGCCCUGGCACAAUCGUUGGCGUUGGCUUAACAAUAAAGAGUAAAGUUUAAAAUCUCUCAGAAAACGAGUCUACAAGUAACUGCUGUUGGGCUGUUACAGGACUCAAGACGUAUGUAAGUUUUUGUUACAAGUGUACCAAUCUACACUUGUAAUUUACAAUAUUUUUAUAAAACGCUUGUUCGAUUAUGAGUUUAAAACUAUAAAACUCCCGUAUUUUCGUCUAUGGUUGAGCUACAGGCACUUGUACCUGUAACCUGUAAAAUUGUAACACAGUACUUUUAUAAAACGCAAAUUGUAAAAAACGGAGCAAGUGUUGCCAGUAAACGCCUGUAAACUUGUAACUUGUAACUUUAUAAAACUGGGCCCUGUUGGACGAAAAAAAAUCUAAAUAUUACAUAGCAUUCACACUAUUUAUUUUGCUAUUCUAUAAUAGCAUUUAGUUAAGGAUAAUAAUUUAUGAGAUUAGCUAAAUUAAAUGCAAGCAUAUAAAUAAACAACCGAGAUACCGAAAUUCAAUACCGGUUAGUUUGUAUGAAAAAUAUACCGGUAUUUGGUCCCUGGCAGAAUGGCCGACCCCAAGUAAAUGGGAUAAGGUCCGGACAGAAUGGAUUAGUAUAAUAUCUAUUGACAUGCUUUUGAUUGCAUUUUGCACACAAAUCAAAACAUGAUCAAAACCUUAACAUAUUGUUAAAUGAGAAUUGGCAUCAUUUACGUAUAGGGUGUAAACGAAUAAGUAACUGAAAUUACGGCUAGCUGAUAUUUUUAUGCAAUAAAAUCGCAAAUAAAACAUGUA